CCUCCACGUGCUUUUCCACCUCCUCCUAUAUAUAAUCUACCUUCUUCCUCCUUUCAUGAAGAUCAUUCCCUUUCUCUCUCCUCCUCCUUCUCUUCCUCCUCAUCCUCUUGCCUAUGGCCGUAGUACGUGAGCGCCGCCAACUCAACCUCCGCCUUCCUCUUCCUGAACUAUCCGAGCGCCGACCUCGCUUUCCUUUGCCACUACCUCCUAGUGUCACUGCUUCUACAAACAACAACAACAACUCUGCGAUCUCUUCUAGUGAUAUUGAAAAGCUUCAAGUUCUGGGUCAUGGUAAUGGUGGUACCGUCUAUAAAGUACGUCAUAAGAAGACUUCCCAAGUUUAUGCCCUUAAAGUUGUCCAUGCCGAUACCGAUGACUCCCUCGUUCGCCGUCAAGUCUUCCGUGAAAUGGACAUCCUUCGACGUACUGAUUCUCCAUAUAUAGUUAAGUGCCAUGGGAUCUAUGAGAAAGCCUCUGGUGAUAUAGCAAUUUUAAUGGAGUAUAUGGAUUUGGGUACGCUUGAUACGCUUCUACAAAAACAAGGUACUUUCUCUGAAGCUAAACUUGCUCAUGUGGCUCGUCAAGUUCUUAAUGGGCUAAACUACUUGCACAACCAUAAAAUCAUCCAUAGAGACAUUAAACCUUCAAAUUUGUUGGUGAAAAAUGGGAUGGAAGUGAAGAUUGCUGAUUUUGGUGUGAGCAAAAUCAUGUAUCGAACUCUAGAUGCUUGUAAUUCAUAUGUGGGUACUUGUGCUUAUAUGAGCCCUGAACGCUUUGAUCCUGAUACUUAUGGAGGAAACUAUAAUGGCUACGCUGCUGAUAUUUGGAGCUUGGGUCUUACCUUGUUGGAGCUUUAUUUGGGUUAUUUUCCAUUUCUAACUCCAGGUCAAAGACCCGAUUGGGCGACCUUGAUGUGCGCUAUAUGCUUUGGUGACCCACCUAGCUUGCCAGAGAAUGCGUCGGAGAAAUUUCAGAGCUUUAUCGAGUGUUGCUUACAGAAGGAAUCUAGUAAGAGGUGGACAGCAGAACAACUAUUGUCACACCCGUUUCUUUGUAAAGAUCCGAGAUCCGAAAAAUGAACCGGUUCAUCGUAGUUCCAGAACCCAAUCAUAUUUGUGGUUGAGUUUUGUAUAUAAGCGGCGGAAUUCGGAUGUUUUUUUCCUUUCUUUUGUAUAUUCCCUUAUAAUCCUUAUCUCUCACAGCGGUGAAUCUCUGCUGAUAAAGAAGAGAGAAUCAAAAUUUGUUUUUAAUGUGAUUCUGAAAAAGCAUGGUUGUGUA